UUUAUUUUCAUAAAGAGCGAUCAUUAUACCAGUAAAUACAGUCAGUUAUAUUUAAAAGUGAUACUCUAUAUUGGAUUUAACUUUUAUGAAAAUGUUUUGAACUGUCAAAUGUAUUGUGCAAUUUAGUUCUUUUAAUAUUUACAGCGGAAAAAGAGUGAAAUUAUUAUUGUAAAUAAUGUAUCUGCUAACAUAAUAAUAGAGGCUGAUUAAAAAGAAAACAAUUUACAUUCUUAAUCUGCAAAAAUUAUUGAAAAUCUUAAUUUUCCAUCAAGAGAUUUGUUUCCCGACCAUUUCUACAAUGUGCAGUUGUUCCAAAAGAGACCUCAAAAUUAGUUUCUAUUUUUUCAACACACUUCUUGGGAUUUCUGGGUUAGCCCUCUUCGCCAUGUGUGUUCAUAGAAUGAUUGUCAUCCCCAAAAUAUCUGCGAUUACACAAGGCGCGGUUGGCAAAAUUGAGUUGACGCUAGUAAUAUCUAUAAUUACUGCAUUAACGAUUAUCCCCUUGUCAUUCAGUGCAAGCUUUGGAAUAAAAAAGGAGAUAACAGUAAUAUUAGUUGGGUACAGUUUGACACUGAUCGUCCUUUUCAUCAUCCAUGUGAUGUUCGCCGCUGUAUUAUUCGUGAAAUACACAGAUCAUGAUGAACACGGAUCACUCAAGAGUCAAAUGCGAGAAGGACUGCUUCAAAGCUUAUCUCUGUAUGAACCAUCACGGAAUGGACAGUUAUUUGAUUUAAUUCACAAACAGUAUGAAUGCUGCGGUGUUUACGGACCUCUCGACUGGGGGACACUUUUGGGUAAGGAUGCAACUCCAAAAUCUUGUUGUAGCGGUAUCACCAAUGGCGUGUGUUCCAUAUCAAAUGCUUACAAAACAGGAUGUCUUGAAGUCAUAUUCAACGACCAACAAAAACACGGUUGGGCGUUUGGCUACACUUUUAUUAUAUUGUUUCUUCACGAGAUUGUUGUAAGUGCUUUGUGCUUAUCGUUGCUGUCCUCAAUAAUGUAAAUUUAAGACAUACCCUCAAAAAAAUACCGAAAAAUUAAUUAUUAAAUUUUAUAUACCUAUUAUAUUAGUCUCAUAAAUGUUACUAAAAUUUAAUAUGUCCUUAAUUUAUA